AGGGGGCGCUGCGGGCGCGCGCACGCCGGCCCCCGGCGCGGUCCAAUCCGCGCGCCUGCAGGCCCGGGCCUCGCCGGCGCGCGCCGACUUCCGCAUCCGGCUCCGGGCGCUUCCGCUCUUAGCGGGGCCCGCUGGGAGGGUGUACCCCAGACCUCCAGAUGUCGGCCUAUGGGGUUCAACAGAGGAUGAAUCCUCUGUCUCCUUGUCAUCAGUAAGCCACUCUUCCCACCUGCUCUCCCGCCAUCCACUGUCCUCAUGUCUACCUUACUCCUCAAUCUGGAUUUUGGUGAACCUCCCCCCAAAAAAGCAUUUGAGGGGAAUGCCAAGCACCGAAGAUUUGUCCGGAAGCGGCGGCUCUUGGAACGGAGAGGCUUUCUGAAUAAGAAGAACCAGCCCCCGAGCAAGGCAUCUAAGCUGCACUCAGAGCCUCUAAAGAAAGGGGAGACUUCUAGCGUAGAUGGCACUUGGAAGGUCUCUCCUCUUCCAAAAAAGAAGACCGUUGCCUCCAGCAGUGGGCCAGAGCAGGCCCUGGACAAGAAGGCUGCAGUGCCGUGGCUAACCCCUGCCCCUGCACAGAAGCCGGGGUCUGCAGUGGCUAAAGUGGAUUUGCUGGGGGAGUUCCAGAGCGCCCUUCCAAAGAUGAGGAGCCACCCAACUCGCCCCCACAAGAAGGGCCCCCAGAAGAACCCUACUCAGAAGAAUGCCCCACAGAGCUCCACCCAAUCUCAUUCAGACAAUAAAUGUUCCGGAGCAUCCCAGAAGAUGCCAAGGAAGAUGGUGGCCAUUGACUGUGAGAUGGUGGGCACGGGACCCAAGGGGCACGUCAGUUCCCUGGCCCGAUGUAGCAUCGUCAACUACCACGGAGAUGUGCUUUAUGAUGAGUACAUCCUGCCCCCCUGCCACAUCGUGGACUACCGGACCAGAUGGAGUGGCAUCCGGAAGCAGCACAUGGUGAACGCUACACCCUUCAAGACCGCCCGGAGCCAGAUCUUGAAGAUCCUCGCAGGGAAGAUCGUGGUGGGACAUGCCAUCCACAACGACUUCAAAGCCCUUCAGUACUUCCACCCCAAGUCCCUCACCCGCGACACCUCCCACAUCCCCCCUCUCAACCGGAAGGCCGACUGCCCAGAGAAUGCCACCAUGUCUCUGAAGACCCUCACCAAGAAGCUUCUGAACCGGGACAUCCAGGUGGGGAGAAGCGGACACUCCUCCGUAGAGGACGCCCAGGCCACCAUGGAGCUGUACAAGUUGGUGGAAGCCGAGUGGGAGCAGCACCUGGCCCAGAGUCCCCCAGAAGACUAGUGGCAGCGGGAGCGCUGGCGACGUGGGGAGGCAGAGGCCGCAGUGCACGCAGGAACACAGGGCUGUGGACCAGUGGACAGCUCCCCCGCUCUACCUCCUGGGGAGCUCAGCUGUGAGGGAGGCAGAGGCUCCCCCCAGGCUUAAUAGUCAUUGGAAUCUCACCUCCAGUGUUGUGUUGUGUGUCUGGUCACAUUUUCCAAGGAAGGAGGGAGCCUCCGCGUCAGAAGCAGCCCUACACUGUUUACCUCUGAAAUGGUGCUAACCACAGGUCCCAGGGUGCUGGGCUCUGACGGGCGUUCAGACCUUCAUGGGGCAGGGUGCCCUGGCAAGUGAAGUUUCCCAGACUGCCUUAUCACCAGGAAGGCCACAGAUCCCAUUUUAUGCCUUUUGUUCUCAAGUAAUUAGCAGCCUCCUAUUUCACUCUCAUAAGAAGCCUGGUUGGAUGACAGCAUACCCCAGACUCAGCUUUUGGCUCAGAGUUUCCACCUCAUCUGUGUUGGCCUAUCUCCUCCUUCCCACCUUGACCUCCAGAGGUGCCAUCCCUGGGGAGGUUCCAUUCUCCUUCAGGUUACAAGGCAUCAGAGGUAAGAGCGUGAUUUGGAAAUCAACUUUUCUGAUUUAGGAAAGCAGUCUCUUUCCUAAAGUAAUAGAGAAUUUAUUUAAUUUAGAUUCUCCUUGGUAGGUUAAAAAAGAAAAGUGUUUUCAUGGUUUUUAGUCUUUUACUUUGUUAAACCAAACCUCUAAAAAGUCAAAUUAUUCCCUCGAUAAAUUUUUAUAACGGAAAAACA